AUGGCGGUUGAUGGUGGACACAUCCAUCAACCGGUGGAAAAUUCUUCGUACGCAGCAGCUUUGAAGCUACCUAAGGGAGGGAGUGCUGUCCCGUUCCCAACACGAACUGGCCCGAUACUGGCUUUUUACCCGACGGAGGAGCACGCUCAGGCCUUAAAAUCCACCGAUGACACAAAGGCCGCUCUAAAGAAGGCCAUAAAACCAGGGACACUGGGAAACAGGGACACGAGCUGCAGGCACUGUGCCGUGGCGUCGGUGCAUCUAGCGGAUGGCAGAGAAACUGUGCUGAUCUCAGCCUAUUUCCAGUACGCUGAGCCUAUCGGGCAGCAUAUCAUGGAGGUCGAAAGAGCAUUAGACCACCUAGCAGGCAGGAGUGUAGUUAUCGGCUUGGACGCGUACGCCCACUCGCCAAUGUGGUACAGCCACCCGCGCCACUACAUCGGUAGGGGUCAUGAAGCAGAAAACCGAAGGGCUCAAAUGGAGGACUUCAUUAAUGGCAGAGGACUGAUUGUCGGAAACCGUGAGGGCCACCCGUACACCUUUUGCGGUCCCAAUGGUGUGUCCAACAUCGACUUGACCCUAACAUCCCGGGGAGCCGCUGUUUUGGACUGGCAAGUCCGCACCGGCGCUUCUAGCAGUGACCACCGGCUGCUCAAGUUCCGCAUAACCGAGCAGCACAAUUAUGAAGGGGAGCAACAUCGACCCACUGUGGACCCGCCGAGGUUUCGGGAGCGUGGGAAGUGUAAAAGGCUAGGCGGGCAACGAGAGGUUUUGGUAGGCAACGCUUUUCGUGCAGCUCGCAGGAGAUAUAGGGCCAUGAUGGAGGAGGAGCAGCACAGUCACUUCCUGCGUGUGGCCGACAGCGGCAAUACUGACCUCUGGGGUCAGGCUUACCGGAUUGCCAGCGGCAGAGUCCAUCCUCCUGCUAAUGUCGUUAACGGUGUAGAAUACGCCGGGGCCCGUGCAGAGAGUGUGGAGGAGGCGGCGGGGGGCCUGCUGAGGGCUCUCUGUCCGGACGACGACGUGUCUAAGGAUGAGAUAUUCCACAGACGGCUGAGAGCGAGCGGGGUACUGAAACUCCGGCUUGAAUUGGCUGGGGCCAGCCGCCAUGGAAACCGACGAGGACUCGGACCUACACCUCCUCGCAGUCACGUGGAGGUCACCAAGACACGUGCCGGCACCUCAGGAGGCGAAAAGCGGACCCUGCAGUCACCGAAGGAAGUUGGCACGAACCCGCAAAAACCCAGAAUGGAGCUGCGAACGUGCCGUCCUACUACCCCGGCUCCCACCCCCCCUAUUGGUGCGACAUCCUCUGGCGGAGUACCAAUUCCGGACACACAGGGUACGCAUGGUCAGGAACUGGACACGGGGUUGGAGAAAAGCUCCAAAAUGGCGCGAAACAACAUGCAGGCAAUAAUGGGUAUUGUUACUGGACCCCAGUCGAGCAUAUUGGCA